AGGCGAGGAAUUCAAAUCGUAAAGCUGUCGAAUACGAGCACAGUAGUCGGAGCCCCGGAUCCGGAUAUAUAUCAUUUUCUCUUCCUACUUUCUUCCUUCUUCAUAAUACCCUAAAACCCUAAAACUGAGGCAUCCCGGUUUCUUCGUCAAGGACUUGAACCCUAGCUCCAAGCCUUCGGGCCUCUGUCCAAGCCUCCUAGCUUUUUGGCCGGACAUCUCAGCCUUUACCGACGGCGAUCUUGGCUUUUGCCGGAGGCUCGAGGGCUCUUCUUUGCUCGAGUCCCUUCCUGUUCGCCGGACAUCUUACCCUAGCACACACGACCACCUCCUCCCAGCCUCUUCUCUCUCGAAGGCUCUUCUUUGCUCAACUGUUCUGUAACUCUCAAAUAACCAACCGCACAAGAGGAGAGAGUUUUUAAUGGCGCUGUACCUCCUGCACGAGUCGGCCUCCGCUUUUUCGCUUUUUCUAGCUCAUGGGCUUGAUGAGAUCGGGCAGAACACAGAGGCCGUUAGGAAUUCAGUGUCUGAUCUCAAUCGGUUUGGUAAAGUUGUGAAGCUUACUGCUUUUCAGCCUUUUGAAUCGGCUCUUGAUGCCCUCAAACAAUGCAACUCGGUCUCUGAAGGGCUUAUGACUGAUGAAUUGAGGAGCUUUUUGGAGCUUAAUCUCCCAAAAGUCAAGGAGGGAAAGAAACCUAAGUUCAGUUUAGGUGUGUCAGAGCCUAAGAUUGGUUCACACAUAUAUGAAGUUACCAAUAUUCCUUGUCAAAGCAAUGAGUUUGUGCUCGAGCUUCUUCGUGGGGUUCGGUUGCAUAUUGAUAGGUUUAUCAAGGACCUAAAGCCUGGUGAUCUAGAAAAGGCACAACUUGGUUUGGGUCACAGUUACAGUAGGGCAAAGGUCAAAUUCAAUGUUAACCGAGUUGACAACAUGGUUAUCCAGGCCAUCUUCCUCCUUGAUACUCUUGACAAAGACAUAAAUUCUUUCUCUAUGAGAGUCAGAGAAUGGUACUCCUGGCAUUUUCCUGAAUUAGUGAAGAUUGUCAAUGAUAACUAUCUCUAUGCGAAGAUUGCGACGUAUGUGGAGAACAAAUCAGAGUUAAAUGAAGACAAGAUCCCAGGCUUGACUGACAUAAUUGGAGAUGAAGAUAAAGCCAAGGAGAUUGUAGAAGCUGCAAAAGCUUCAAUGGGACAGGAUUUAUCGCCAAUUGAUCUGAUUAAUGUGAAGCAAUGUGCUCAAAGGGUAAUGGACCUCUCAGAGUACCGGAGGAAGCUUUAUGACUAUCUAGUUACUAAGAUGAAUGACAUUGCACCCAAUUUGGCAUCUCUAAUUGGCGAAGUUGUUGGGGCACGCUUGAUUUCUCGUGCUGGUAGUCUCACAAAUCUGGCGAAGUGCCCAUCUUCUACACUUCAGAUCCUUGGUGCAGAGAAGGCUCUUUUCAGGGCAUUGAAAACUCGGGGAAACACACCAAAGUAUGGUUUAAUUUUUCAUUCCUCCUUCAUUGGUCGAGCAUCUGCUCGAAACAAAGGUCGAAUGGCUCGUUAUCUUGCAAACAAGUGCUCCAUUGCAUCUCGCAUUGAUUGCUUCUUAGAUGGGAAUACCACUGCCUUUGGGGAGAAACUCCGUGAACAAGUUGAGGAACGGCUGGACUUUUAUGACAAGGGUGUUGCACCUCGCAAAAACAUUGAUGUAAUGAAAGCUGCAAUUGACAGUGCUCAAAAUAAAGAAACAGAUAUGGAUGUAGAGGCAUCUGAACCUUCUGUAAAGAAGAGCAAGAAAAAGAAAUCCAAGAAAGGAAACGAUGACCUAAUGGCAGAGGAUAACCCCGAGGCCAAUGCAAAUGGAGAUGCGUCUGUGGAUCCCAAAUCUGAAAAGAAGAAGAAGAAGAAGCGAAAACUAGAGCAGGAGUCUGAGCCGGUGCAGGAUCAGGCCCCCCCAAGCUCAAAUGGAGCGAAUGGGUUCAAUGCUGAGGAAGGAUCAACAAAGAAGAAAAAGAAGAAGAGUAAAGCUGAAGAUGGAGAAGAACUCCAGGUUGAUGGCGAAGGUAAGAUGAAGAAGAAGAAAAAGAAGUCGAAAAGCGAAGAGGAAGAGUGAAGUAGCAGGAUUUGUAUUUUAUUAAGGUUAAAAACUAUGUAGAUAUUUGUUAGAAUUUUGCUUCGUUUUCAUGUAUGCUGAGAUUCUUAAAUUGAAUGAGCCUGUCUCCCUUUAGCCAUCACAAA